AUGGCAGAAAAAAAAAAGGUUAAGAACAGGCUGUCCCUAUUCGCGCCUUUGAGCUCCGCGCUUCCCAUUCCCUCCUCCUCAAAACAACAGGGGGCCUGCUCCGUCAUAAAGGUCUCACAGUCUCACUCCCUCCCUCUCGCCGUCGCCGUCGCAAUCGUCGUCAUGGCCUCCGCCAGCGAAUCAUCUCUCAUUUCUAAACUCGAAUCCUCCGAUUGCGUAGGCCUUUUCCCCCUUUUCUCCGACUAUCUCCACCCAUUUGAAGAUCUUAGAAAACCCAAGGGAACCAAGAAAUCGGCGAAGGCCAAAGAGGAUCAAUCCCUAGUCCGUUCACUUGCUAAGAAGUAUAUUUCGUUUCUUAAUCGCUGUUUGUCUGUUCUUCCCAAGCGCCUGUCGGAGUCAUCAAAAUCGGGUGGCGGGGGGGACUUAGCUCACGAAUUGUUUGAAGUUUAUAAGCUGUGCUUGGAUUGCUUGGAUGCCGUAGCUUCUCAAUUGGCUUGCAAGCCUUAUUCAGUUGAGCUCAUGAGGCUUCGAAUGAUGCAUUGCUUGGAGGUGUGUGGGCGGUACGAGGAAUCAGAAACUGAGGGUUUUAGGAUUUUGGAGAGGAUUCGGUUCACUGGGUAUGCCUCGAAAUCAGUGAGAAUGAAGAACAAGUUACUCCCGGAAGUAGAUAAGGGCGGUGGAGACAAAGAUUUCUGUGUCUUGGUUGUGGAGACCACUGUAACGCUCGUGAAGUGUGCUGCAAUGGGACGGAGCCAAGACGGUGGGUACUAUAGGAGGGUGCUCGAUUUGGUGGAGGAAGUAUGGCCGUGGUUAAGGGUAUUAGAUGCCAGUACACGCGAGAAGUUGCACAGGACGUUAGCUGUUAAUAUGGGUAAAUGUUGUAUAUAUUUAGUUGAGAGGGCAACAUCGAUUGAGAUGGAUAUGUUGAAAGCCCUCUGCUGUGCAACAUUAACCGAGUAUGUGAAAUCUUCAUUGAAAGAUCGAGUUUACAAGAUUGCCCACAUUAUAUGUUCCUCACUGUUCAAGCUGCAAUCCCCGUAUAUCAUUGAUAUACUGGAGCAUGUUGCUCAUGAAUGCCAGGUUGAAGAGGAAACUGAAAUAGAAUAUGUUGAACUUGUAUCAUAUUGUGUCAAUAAAUGUCAGACUGUGAAUGCAGUUUUUUGCAGUGCAUUUGCAGCACGUCUGAACAAAAUUGCAGAACAUAUGCAGCAGGUUAUGACACCUGUCCGUGUGAUUCUGAGAAUUUAUGUUGUUGGCUUGCUCCUUAUUAGUUGUGAUUUGAGAUAUAGAGAUGGAGACCUUGCAUCUUCGGGAGGUUCAAAAUUUCAAUACUUGACUGAAACUUUACUUGAUAAUGAGGACAUACUGCAGGAUUUAUCAAUUGUGAUUGGUAACUUGUGUGGAGACCAUAUUUGCUCCAAUGUCAAGGAGAAAGGCCUUACUUAUCAAAUAAGCAAUGUCAAGGAGAAAGGCCUUACUUAUCAAAUAAGCACACAGUUUGUUUCUACGACUUACGUCCCAUACUCCUUAAAUGCUUUGAAAUUCUUCUCCCAACCACUUGCUAAAGCAAUUAAUGCGGAAAGAAAACAAUUAGUUGCUGGAAAGGAUGGUGCUUCUGCUGUAAACACGCUGUCCACUGUCUUAGAUGUGUUCCAUCUCCUUUGUCAUCUUAUACUUUCAUGUCCAAGCAAUACAACAGAAAGGGAUGGAAUUGGAUUUGACGAAAACUGUAAAACAUUGCUUAAUGUAGCUGUGGCAGCUUUUACCCUAUCCAUCAAAACUAAACUUGGCAUCCAGAAGAGUGCACGGCUAAUUAAGCAGAUUAUUGCUAGUGAACAUAUCCAAAAAGAAGGGAGAGGUUACAUAAUUGCAUGUCUCUACAAUAUUGCUGUAGUUUUGCACAGAAACAAGGAAGCAAAAGAGGCUUCAAAGGUGCUGAGCUUAUGCUGUAAGGUAUCAUGGCUCUGUAUUAAAUGUCAUUUUGGCGGUCCAAUACGAGAUGAAUUUAUAGAGUUUGUAAAUGAGACUUGCACCAGAAGUGCUCUUCUUUUGGAUAUUCUCUAUCAAGUGGACUAUCAUAAGGUGAGGAAGAAAACUCUAUCAAUACUCAAAAACUGGUGUGCUGUCAACGAUGAGUCUGCGAGGUUGGCAGCUCCCAUGCCUGUAGUGAAGCAGUGGGUGAAGAUGGAAUGUAAACGUGUUAAGCAAGUGGAUGAGAAAAGUAGUUCCCUCGCCUUGUACUCUCUUCUGUCAUCCUCAACAGAGCUUUCGAAGAGGAACAUUGCCCUGAUCUUGGAACAGGAACUUACUGCAUAUGAGGAAAUGAGUUUUACUUACCCAGAGCUCUGUCAGCAAAUGCAAAUGAAAAUCUCAGAUAUCCUCCUGCAAGAUGUAUAUGUCAAUCCAGAUAGUUAUUUUCAGAAAGCACAAGCUCUAGUGAGAAAGGGGAGGGCCUUGAGGGUCUGUGGCAUAGAAGGUCUCAAGGACUGUAUUCAGUGUUUCUCUGAAGCAAUAACUAAGAUAAAGGAGAUUUCUUGUGAAAUAUAUGCCACUAAAAAUCCCCUUGAUCACCCAUUGUCGGUCGCAUAUUGCCUGCGUGCUCUAUGUACCAUGGAAGCUGAGCCUAACUCAAAGCAAAUCUUUGAAGAUGUUAAGGCAGCUUUAACUCUGUGGUUAAGCUUUCACAUUCCUGAGUGUCGUGACAAGGAAGAGGGCUCUGCAUUUUCUGACAAUAUAAUGAUACUACUCUAUAACAUAAUUGAUUUAUUACAAUUGAAGGGUUUCAUGGAACUUUAUAACGAUGCAUAUCGGCUAAUGAUUAGAUUGUUUAAAUUGAAGAAACUCUCCAUUGAGAAGUGGUUGGCCUUGCUGUGGGAAAGCAGAAGGAUAAGUCAUGCACUCUGUAUUUCUCCUGUAGAUGAGGAAUUCAUCUCGAAAUCAUCAGAACACUUUGAAGAACUUUCCAGUAUUGAUUUCUGGAUACGCUAUCUUCAGGGCUUCCAACCACGAGUGAUAGGGUUUCAACAGACUUUCUCAUUUUUGUUUGCCGACUUACCAAGGGGUUCUUACAAUCACAGAAAUUCUUUCCAGAUAGACAUCGAAGUUGAUGAUAUUAGAAAAGCUGCACUUGAAUUAAUGUCAAGCGUUCCUGAUUCAAGCCAAUCUGCUUUUCUUGCUGGGUGUCUCUACUAUGAUCUCUGUCCAAGACUUAUUUCAAGCGGACAGUUAACAGAGGCUCUUUCAUUUGCAAAAGAAGCUCAAAGGCUGCGUGCCAAACUUUUCCAAGGGAAAUUUAUGUACACUGUUCAGCAGCAGGCUGGAGAAAACAAGGAAGCGCGUGUAUUCUCUCACAAUCUUGGGUACAUUAUUGAGAAUUUUGGAAUGAAUAAAUCAGUAGCCAGAGAAGUUUUGUUGUUUGAUUCUGUGUCAUGGGACUUGAAAGAUGGCUAUCUUAGUCCAUGGAAAAUCAUGCAGUGCUAUCUGGAGAGUACGCUUCAGGUUGGAAUAAUUCAUGAGAUGAUAGGAAAUGGAGCUGAGGCUGAAACUACUCUACAGUGGGGCAAAGCCAUAUCAUGCAAACUGAAGUUAUCAUUGUUUGUGGUUGCUUUCUCUUUAAUAUUAGGAAAAUUGUAUGCCAAGAAAGGACUUUUGGACUUAGCAGAAAAGGAACUUCAAAGUUGUGAACAUAUACUGAAAGAAAGCAGCACAUCGUUUUGUUGCUCAAAGUGCAAGCUGAUAAUGGAAGCAACUCUGCAUCAAUCCCGUGGAGAUUUGUGUCAAAGUAGAUUCGACAGUAGUACAGGGGAUGUUCCUGUAGGGAUGGCUGAAAAAUGUUACAAAUUAGCCCUGGACAAAUUAAAUAUUUCUGAGUGGAAAAACCCGCUUAGCUGUCCUCAAGAUGAUAUUGAUGGGUGUACAACAGAUGUCAGAUGUGGUGCUUGUAAGACUUCUGCCUACUUUACAGUCACGGAAGAUAGUGUAAAUGAGUUGAAAUGCAGGAGAGAAGAGCCAGAAACCAAGAUUAGAUCUAAACAGACUAGAAAGAAUAAUAAUGCAGCUAAGUGUUUAUCAGAGGAGCAAACUUCAGUACCUGAGAAUAAUUCGAGGUUCACCCGUUCUAAAUAUCGAUUGUCUCAGAACCAACUUGCAAGCAGUCUUACCAAGUCAAAAGUUGGUGCUUCAAUAAGUUUGGAGGGGAACCGUGUUUCUCUUUCUGACCACUCAGAUAUGCUUUCCCAGCAAGUCUCAGUUUUGAAGGAUACAGAUUGCACUGUGUCUUCACGAUGUGCAGCAACAUGCAAUCAAAUCAAUAUGAGGUGUUGGCACUGUAUUCCCCAUGAAAUUAUGAAAUCUGGGCUAAUGAAAGAUUUCAUUCUUCUCAAAUGGGAGUUUGUCCGUAGGCAGUUGUCAAUGAAGCUACUCACUCAACUAGGAAAUUCUCUUGCAUAUCCUAGUCAAAUUGAUGAUGCACAUAAAAUACUUCUCAGAAGAAUAUCAGUUCUAGUCAGCAGAAACUCAUUCUACCAAAAGUUGGCUCCUGUAGCACUUGAUUAUUUUCGCCUUUUAGUUGCAAAAGAGUACCGAGGAGAUGUUUUUGCUAUUGAACGUGCAGAAAUACUCUAUGACAUUUGUUGGUUCUCUUUGAGGAGCUAUCGUUCCAAGCAUACUAGGAUUAUUUUCGCUAAUUUAUCUUGCAUCAAGUUUGAAGAUCUUGCAUCCUGGCUGAUGCUAGCCUUUGUACUCUCUUGUGAGGUUCCUCUUCUUUUUCAGAAGGUAUCCAGAUUACUUGCUGUGAUAUAUAUAGUUUCUGCCUCGAAUGAGCAAUUUUCUUUGUCAUCAUUUUGCAAAGCUUUGGAUGAAAAUUACUGGGCUUCAUAUUUUCAUCAAGCUUCAAUUGGAACUCAUCUUGCCUACCAGUUCUUUUCAAAUCUAAGAGGGAGAUGCAAAGUAGUACAACCCUUAAUUGAUGCUGAGAAUAGAGAAAAGAGUGAAUUCACAUGCAAUAUGAAGCAUUGCUGUCACAGGCUUGCACCGGAGGCCACUUUAGAUCUUGAAGAACGUGUGAAGAACUUUUUGGUUGGUCUUCCUUCUACGACAAUUGUCAGUAUAAGUUUACUUGGAAGAGAUUAUACUAGUUUGCUACAAGAAUUGCUGCUUCAUCCUACGUGUGUUGAUGCCUGGAUGUUGGUGUCGCGAUUUAGUUCCAAGACUGAACCUGUUGUGAUGUUACUACCUGUGGACUCAAUUUCAGAAGAAGAUGAUGAUGAUGAAGCAAAUUCUGGUUUGGGUACUCUUUCCGAGUGUGAGAACUCAAGUAAGCCCUGGCACUGUCCUUGGGGUUUUGCAGCGGUUGACAAUGUAGUUCCUGCUUUCAAAACGAUAUUGGAAGAAAAUUACUCUUCCUCAGUAUUCCCUUUGGAAGACACAAAAAGAAAUAGGAUGCUGUGGUGGAAGUGGAGAAUGAAGCUUGAUCAGCGCCUUAAUAAAUUGUUGAGGAACAUUGAAGAUUCAUGGUUUGGUUCAUGGAAAUACUUGCUUCUCGGAGAAUGGUUGGACCACAAGAAUUUGGAUUUGGUGCACAAGAAGCUUGUGCAUGAUCUAAGAUCUAAAUGCAAAUUGGAUGUCCAUGAGGGUAUUCUUAAAGUCAUUCUAGGCUCCAAGAAUGACUUUGAAGGAGAUACGUGGAUUUCGCAACUCUGCUUCAAAAAAGGCUGCUAUAUUGCUAAAGUAGGUUACUGUGAUGAAGCAUGGCGUGGCAUAACGUCAAAUGCAGCCAGUGAAUUUGGGACGUCAUCUGAGCUUGCGUUUCAAAUAUUAAAUGAAACAUUAAACAUGUUUGAAGUGGAACAGAGCAGGGAGCCAAUUAUUCUUGUGUUGGAUUAUGACAUUCAGAUGCUUCCUUGGGAAAGUUUGCCGGUGCUAAGAAACCAGGAGGUCUAUCGCAUGCCAUCAGUUAGCAGCAUCUCUUGCCUUCUUGAGAGGGGCAGCACCCAUCACAAGCAAGUAGAAGGGAAUUCAAUGUCUUUUCCUUUGAUAGAUCCACAGGACGCUUUUUAUCUAUUGAACCCAGAUGGUGCUACUAGCACUCAAACUGAAUUUGAGAAUUGGUUUAGAGGUCAAAACCUAGAGGGUAAGGCAGGUUUCAGACCCACCGUGGAAGAAUUAGCUGCAGCCUUGAAAAGCCAUGACCUUUUUAUAUACUUUGGCCAUGGAAGCGGAGCACAAUACAUUUCCAGGCAAGAGAUUCAGAAGCUUGAUAAAUGUGCUGCUACACUUUUAAUGGGAUGCAGCAGCGGUUCAUUGACCUUACAUGGGAGCUACGCCCCACAAGGUAUUCCCCUUUCAUACCUUCUGGCUGGUUCUCCAGCUAUAGUUGCCAAUCUGUGGGAGGUGACAGACAAGGAUAUAGAUCGGUUUGGGAAGGCUAUGCUUGAUGCCUGGUUGAAAGAAAGAUUAAAUUUUUCUGGGGAAUGUUUGCAAUGUAAUUCAUUAUCAGAAGAAUUUGAGGCCAUGAACUUGAAGGGCAAGGGUAAAGCAAAAAAGAAAUCUUCUAGAAAGAAAGCCAUAGAAGAAUGUGAAAGUGACACCUUUAAGAGUAAUUGUGAUCACAGACCCAAAAUUGCAUCAUUCAUGAGUCAGGCACGUGAAGCUUGCACCCUCCCUUUCUUGAUUGGAGCGUCCCCAGUAUGUUAUGGCGUUCCAACAAGAAUCUGGAGGAAGAAGGAUCUUUAGACUCGUCGGUUAUAUAGCAUAGCAUUCAUAAAUGGCUUGUAAAUUCUUUGAUUUUUUCCCCCCGAGUUCAGAAAUACAGUAUUAGAGGCCAACAUUUUCAAGAAGCAUGCUUCUUGAACUUCAGAAUAUAUCCCAUACACCCCAUUCUUUAAAUGUAACAUAAAGUACGAAUAUUUGAUGUCAAUUCAUAAGUUAUGUAUCAAUUUUCAAUUUAGCUGUAA